AUGCUUAACAUUGAGGUCAACAUUACAACUCUUCACACUCUAGUGCAGUUCUACGACCCUCCUUUGAGAUGCUUCACAGUCCAGGAUUACCAGUUGGCUCCUACUUUGGAGGAAUAUUCACACAUUCUGGGGAUUGAGAUUAAGGAUCAUGCUCCCUUUGUCCCUACAAAGGAACUUCCUAAGCCUCAACAUCUAGCUGAAAUCCUUCACAUAUGGAAGAAGAAGGUGGAGCUCAAUCUUAAACCUAAGGGUGGGACCCAUGGGUUUGCCUUGAAGUUUCUGGUUGACAAGGUUAUUACAUUUUCCGAACCUGGGAGUUGGGAUUCCUUCAACACUAUCUUUGCUUUGAUCAUAUAUGGGAUCGUGAUGUUCCCGAAUAUGGAAGACUUUGUUGACUUGGCUUCUAUCUAUCUCUUCAUGGCCAAGCAUCCCGUUCUUACUCUUCUUGCUGACACAUACUACUCCAUCCACGUGAGGAGUAAGAAGAAGAAGGGGACUAUCAUGUGUUGUAACCCCCUGUUGUAUAGAUGGUUUAUUUCGCAUCUAUCCAGCAAGGGUCCUUUUGUCGACAACGAGAGAAAUCUAAAAUGGUCUCAAAGGAUCAUGCCCCUCACAGCUGAAGAUAUCUUCUGGUAUUCCAGAGUUUAUGACGGUGUUGAGAUCAUCAUGGAUUAUGGUAAUUUCCCUAAUGUAUCCCUUCUAGGUACAAAAGGUAGAAUUAACUAUAACUCAAGGAUAUCAUUGCGCCAGUUGGGCUACCCGAUGGUAGACAAGCCAAAUUCUGAGAUUCUAGAGGAGUUUGUUUUGUAUGAAGGGGUUGACUGUUGGUGUAAGCCCUAG